GGGAAGGGGGUGGGGGGAGGUGGGAAUUGAAACGGAAGGAGAGGUAAUUAUGGAACCUCUGUGCGAGUUCUGUGGAGUGGUGAGAGCGGUUGUUUACUGUAAAUCAGAUUCAGCCCGACUGUGUUUGCAGUGCGAUGGCCGCGUCCACUCCGCUAAUUCGUUAUCACGACGCCAUCUUCGGUCAUUACUUUGCGAUAAGUGCAACGCUCAGCCCGCCAUUGUUCGUUGUAUGGAUGAUAAACUUUCCCUCUGUCAGGGCUGCGACUGGAACAACGCUAAUGCUUGUUCCUCCCUCGGCCAUCCCUGUCAGCUUCUUCACUCUUAUUCCGGUUGUCCUUCCAUGCCUGAUUUCUCCCGUAUUUGGUCUUCCGUUCUCGAUUCCUCUUCCACCCCCAUUUGCCCUACCUCCUCUUCCACCACCACCACCUCCACUCCCCAUUCCAUCUCUUUAACCCAUCUCCACCCUUGGAUCCCCGCCUCCGCCGCCCCUCCUCCUGCUUCCGCUUUUUCUCCUAAUCCUUCUUUUCAUCACUUCCCUUUCUCUUCCGAUGUCUCCAAUCUUCCUAAGGGUUGUUUCGAUUUUAAAGAUAUUACCACCCAUGAAAAUAAUGAUAUAUGUGAGGCUUUGAAUCUUGGAGACGUUUCACUUAAUUUGGAGAAUGGAGAAGAGUUGUUUGGAUGUCCAGGUACAAUGAAAUGUCAGUUUGAGGAUGGAGAAUUGGACUGUCUUUUAUUGGAGAAGAAUCUCUUUUCGGUUACUGAAUCUGAUGGUGGCCCUGUUGACAAUGCCAUUGAGGAUACAUCAUCUGGACAACAAGAUUUUAUGGGAUUUCAAUCGUCUGAAGAUGGUCUUUCCAUGAAUAUGAUUCAAAAUGGCAAUUCAAAUUGCAUGCUUAUGAAUCCUAGUUGCAAUGGAAAUAUCAACGUUGGAUUUCCUACUGGUCAGGUUCAUUCAAGUAUGUCACUUUCACUGUCAAAUGUCACUGGCGAAGGCAGUGCUGCCGAUUAUCAAGACUGUGGAUUAUCGCCGGCAUUUUUGACAGAAGCUUCAUGGGAUCCUAGUAUGGAAACUAUUGGUCCACAAGCAAAGGAUCGGAAUAGGGACAAGGCUAAGAUGAGAUACAAUGAAAAGAAGAAAACAAGAACAUUUGGAAAGCAAAUAAGAUACGCAUCUCGCAAAGCCAGAGCUGAUACUAGGAAAAGGGUUAAAGGUCGAUUUGUGAAAGCAGGCGAAGCCUAUGACUACGAUCCUCUUGUGACAAGAAACUUUUGAGCCAAGAUGAAGAAUUUCAGUUCUUGAUUUCUAGACAAAUGCCAUAUUGAGCAAGGUUGUAGAUAAGAUGUAGCCAUAGCCGCUAGUACAAGCUUCAUAAUCGGCAGAUAGUGUCAGCAAUAAUUGUCCAUACAAGAGUGGUUCGAAAUUUUCCUGAAGUGUGUCCUGUUUGGUCUCUUCAUUUUCCACUGCAGCAAUGGUGAAAGAUUUUCAAGUUAGGAGGAAACAAGUGAUAAAGACCUUCAAGGGACGUUAUUAGUACAUCAUUUUUAGCCUCUUUGCCUUUUCACCCACGCAAUUCAUCGGUUAUUAGCAGAGCUGCAACAUUUUUUUUUUUUUUUUCUCCAUUUGUGCAUAAAUAAGAUAUUCUUUCACUCCCACGGAAUCUGUUUUGGUCAUAUUUUUGGCAGAGUUUAUAGCCUCUGAGAGUAUAAUAAAAACAAUUUUGAGCAUAAUAAUAUAAACUCCAAUCUCCUUUUUUCAGCUUCUAGUUUUUGCAUCUUUUGCUCAGAAAACAACAGCCAGAGAAAGUUUUCCUCCAAACAUUGACACCCUUAGUCUUUGAUAGCGAUUUUGUUUUUCGUCUCUGUUUCUAAAAUCUUUCUUCUCUAAUCUAAUUUAACAAUGAAAUUUAGAUAAAUCAGUAACUUGGGGUAUCAACAAACAAACAAAUAAACAAGAAUUUUCACUCUGUUUCUUUCAAGAUGAAAGAGAGCAAGAAAGAAAGAAAGAAAGAUUGGAAGACAGAUGAUGAAAACAUCUUUAAGAAUUCAUAAAAAGAGAAAAGGCCUUUUGAGCAUUACUGAACAACAUGUGUUAAGAUUAUUGCCAUUGAUACAGUCAUUAGCUUUGGUGCAAGUGAUGAUGGUAGGAAGAAGAACCUCAGUUGAAGUUCCCAUGAGAUAUUUUUGUGUAAGGUCUUGGCAAACAUUACACAGAAUGCACCUAAUAUGUCUGAGGGCUAAGAAAUUUGCACCAUGAACCCAUUUGUCACAUUUCCUACAUAAAUAUGCAUCAUCUGCUUGGCAAUACAAUGAAGCUUUCGAGUUGCAGAGCUCGCACAUCACCGCACCCGACUCCGAAUCACCGCCCUUCUCAGCCACUGGAGAUUGCCGGCAACCACCGUGACCGUGACCGUGGUUUCCCUCUCCCACACCUCUACACAUUUUUCUUUUCCUUCACAAAACAAAGUCUAAAUGUAAAUGUGGCAUGUCUCCAUAAGGCUUAGAGGUAGUGUAUAUAUAUAU